UGUCCAUGGUUUCCAUGGAGUUACGUCAAAUUUGCCAAGUUCCAACUUCCAAGUUAAUAAAUUUAUCUCUGUCCUAAAUUAAGAAUAUUUUACAAUUUUUAACAAAAGAUAUUGCAUUAAAGAUUGCAUUAUUAAACUGUUUAAAGUUUAGUAUUAAUAACCAUAGUUAAAUUGUUUAAAUUGUCAUAAUGUUUAUCUGGGAUUGGUUCACUGGUGUUCUUGGAUUCUUGGGUCUCUAUAAGAAAUCUGGCAAGCUCCUGUUUCUGGGGCUAGAUAAUGCAGGCAAAACCACUUUGCUGCAUAUGUUAAAAGACGAUAGACUAGCCCAGCAUGUGCCUACAUUACAUCCAACAUCAGAAGAGCUAUCAAUAGGCAACAUGAGAUUUACGACUUUUGACCUGGGUGGCCAUGAACAAGCGAGGCGCGUAUGGCGGGAUUAUUUCCCUGCAGUAGAUGCUAUUGUGUUCCUAAUUGAUGUUUGUGACACUCAGCGUUUUAAGGAAUCAAAAGACGAAUUAGACUCUCUUCUCACCGACGAAACCCUCAGCAACUGUCCCAUAUUAAUCCUUGGCAAUAAAAUAGAUAAACAUGGAGCUGCCAGUGAAGAUGAACUAAGACAGUUCUUCAAGUUAUAUCAGUUGACUACUGGAAAGGGCAAAGUACCAAGAGCAGAGCUAGCAGGCCGUCCCCUAGAGCUUUUCAUGUGCUCAGUUCUGAAGCGCCAGGGCUAUGGUGAAGGCUUCCGUUGGCUUGCACAGUACAUUGACUGAACACACCGCCCAUGAGCGCUCGUUCACCUCGCCCCCUAUGCCCAUAUGGGCGCUCACAUCGGACCUUUAAUUCAUACUUUUUGUUUUAAUAAGCAAUAGUUACAUUAAACAUUCAAUAAUUUAAAGUUAGGACAAUUUUCUCAUCAAUUAAAAGUUUUAGUAUUGGUGUUUAGUUGCGGUUGGUAAAUUUAUUUCUAUCACGAAAGUAACAUAAUUUUUAAUCUAAUAUGUGGUAUAUUGUUUACUAUUUCUGUAUUUUAUAAUUAUAAUAUUGUUUUAAGAUUAGCCAAUUUAAAUAGGGGUUAAUAGUCACACGAAAUCUAUGAAGACCUAUAUGUUAUUGACAUCAAAUACAAAUUUUCAGUUCUUGUAUAUAUAUUCCUUGAGAUUUAAUUUAAAAUUACCAUAAAAAAAAUACACGACAUAAUGGGUUCAACAGACUUAAAAGUGCAAAGGUUUUGUUACUAAGAUAAUGAAUGAACAUUACAUUUUGUUUAAAAAUAGUUUGAUAUGGCAAGUAUCAAAUUUAUCCAGAAAUCGCCAGCCUUUACAACUUCAGUGUAAAUUUUAAAUUGACUCAAAUGUAGUGUAAAAGUGAGCGAGUGGACUUUAAAGCGGUUGGACUCUGUCCUAUUGAAGCUUUUAGAUAAAUUUCUUUCUUAUUUCUGGAUUUAAGUCACGCGCGUGUACUGUGAGAUUCAGUUAAUUUAACCGCAUGACAUAAAUGCAGAAACCUACUUAUUCAGUGGAUUUUUCCUGGUUUUUGAAACCAUUCUAAUAAGUAUGGUGCAAUUUUGCUUUUGUGUAUAGUACCUAAGUAUUGUCUGGCCUUUUAUUUAUUAUUUGAUACAGUUUAAUAUGUAUUAUCAGUCUCAUUCCAUUUGAGUGACACCUAUCAUGAAACAUUCUUUGUUGUUUACAGUGAUUAUUUUUGUAAUAUCAGUAUAAUUUUCAAUGGAACGGCUGGUCUGUAUGUUGUACUUUUCUCUCUACCGUUAGACACGUUAAGAACGAAGCGCAACAGUAUAUACUAAUGAAUAUUCUACGAGAACUUAGUGUUACCAUCACAUGAAGAUAUUGAUGAGUUCAAAGGAUAGUUUUAAGUAGGAUAGUCAUGGAUUUGGUAUUUUCAGAAUCGAUUUUAAAAUUCUGAUAUGGCUUUAGUAAUUAGGACGGGCCGUUUCCAACAGUUUGUUGCGAUCAACAACUGGUGUUCCAGAUUUACUUAGGAUUGUUCUUCGGUAUAUUAUUUUUGCAUUAUAAGUUCAAAAAAUGUUUGUAAUAAAAUUUUUAUCAAACAAA